AUGUCGAACGCCGAACUUGCUGUCUCUUACGCCGCUCUCAUCCUCGCCGAUGACAAGGUUGACAUCACCGCCGACAAGCUCCAGACCUUGAUCAAGGCUGCCGGUAUCGAGGAUGUCGAGCCAAUCUGGACCUCUCUCUUCGCCAAGGCCCUCGAGGGUAAGGAUGUUAAAGACCUCCUGUUGAACGUUGGAUCCGGUGGAGGUGCCGCCGCCGCUGCCCCAUCUGGAGGUGCUGCUGCUGGAGGUGAUGCUGCCGCUGAGGAGAAGCCUGCUGAGAAGGAAGAAGAGGCCAAGGAGGAAUCCGACGAGGAUAUGGGUUUCGGUCUUUUCGACUAA